AUGAGCAACGAGAAGGACGUUAAAGUAGAAGAUCAAAACUCUGGCAGUGCCGCGCAACCGGCUGCGGAAACUGCCUCUUCUGAGAAAAAACUGUCUAAUAAAGAGUUGAAAGAGUUGAAGAAGCGGGAAAAGGCUGCCAAGAGGUCUGCUCAGAAGCAGGCAAGCGGUAUCACAAUAGAACAGCAACAGUUGCAAGCACAGGCGAAAAGAGAAAAGAAAAAGCAGCAGCAGCACCGCGAGGAGCAGAAGAGGGAAGCCAAACUGAAAAAGAUCCAGAAUGAGCUCAAUCCUAGCCGUAAGGCAAAGAAGACAACUCUUUUUAGUCACUUGGAGACCACAGAGGAGAGAAGGGCGUCCAUCCUUGCGAUCAGCAGUGCCGUCACAUCACCUGUUGCAUCUAGAAUUACCGCUUCCGGGCUCAUGAUCCCCAUGGUGGCCAGCGUCGUCUCUGGUUCUCAGGUUUAUACAACUUCUUCCUUCUCCAAUUCCGGCCCAACAUUAAAAAAUGAGACGGCUCCGAAAGUUCAAAAAUCGUCCCCUGCUGUGUCAGGGCAAGCCGUCACCGUGGCCGGGACAGCCUCAGUGCCAGAUCAUUCCUCGACACAAGAUAUUGCUAAAUCGCUAGCCACUAUGUCUUUGGAAUCGGAAGAUUUUGGUGUUGUACCAGGGAUCUCUUCCAUUGUUCCUCAUACUUUGGAGGAAUCGUUUGAGAAUAGCCAGCUGGUGUCAUCGGUGAAGGAACUGCUGCUGAACAAGGACUACAUCCAUCCAGCAAUCACUCUGUUGACCACGAAUUUAGCACACUAUAAGAUCGUGGGUUCCAUACCACGUUGCAUUGCCAUGUUAGAAGCAUUCCAGAUAGUUAUCAGAGACUAUCAAACUCCAAAGGGCACCACCUUGUCUAGAAACUUGACAAACUACCUUUCGCACCAAAUCGAUAUCUUGAAGAAGGCGAGACCACUGAGUGUCACCAUGGGUAACGCCAUCAGGUGGAUCAAACAGGAGAUCUCACACAUCGACCCGUCUAUCUCGGACGAAGUCGCCAAACAAGACCUCUGUGAACAGAUAGCUCAAUUUGCAAGAGAAAAGAUCGAACUAGCAGACCAGUUGAUCAUUGAAAAUGCAUCCAACCAUAUUGAAAAAUCAGCAACGAUUGUUGUCUACGGUUCCUCUAAGGUGAUCUCCGAUUUGAUACUACACAACACACUCCAGUUGCAAAAAAACAUCAAAGUCAUUGUGGUAGAUUCAAGACCCUUGUUUGAGGGUAGGAGUAUGGCCAACAUGCUGCGGAGGAAAGGCGUCGACGUGAUGUACUCUCUGAUCACCAGUUUGGACGCCGUCUUCGACAUGGGCGUAGACUACGUUUUCUUGGGUGCGCACUCGAUUCUAUCGAACGGGUUCUUGUAUUCGAGGGUCGGCACUGCAAUGAUCGCAAUGAGCGCCAAGAGAAGAAACAUUCCAGUGCUCGUGUGUUGUGAGUCUUUGAAAUUCUCACAACGAGUUCAACUGGACAGUGUUACGUUCAACGAGCUGGCGGAUCCAAACGACUUGGUGUCCAUCGACUAUGACAAUCCACUAGAGAGACGCGGUAACACAGGUACACUUUUGAAGCAGUUUUUAAAAGAGCGGGAAACGGGCAGGAAGAAGCAAGAGAGCGAAAACAAAAUCAAGGGCAAAGCCUCCGUUUCAUCGUCCAAUAAUCGGAACAAGGUCAACGGCGCCUCUGCACCAAGCGAAGGUGGUGAGGAGAAAAACAUCUUAGACAGCUGGCAUGGCCUGAAGUCAUUGAAUAUUGUCAAUAUCCUCUAUGACUUGACCCCUCCAGAAUACAUCAAGAAGGUUAUCACUGAAUUCGGUGCUCUACCACCAUCUUCUGUGCCUGUCAUCCUGAGAGAAUAUAAAGGGUCAACGUAA